CUGAGGAGGAAUGUCUGAGGAAUGGUAUAAACAUUUCACUACAGCAUUUCAUUAUUUCCUGUCAGUUUCUAUUGAGGCGACGGCGACAGCAACGGAGUAGCUAUUAUUGAAUGAUGUUACAGAAUGGUUAUCGUAUAAACUUAAACAAAAGAGAAGCGAGAAAAUGGAUGUCCGUAUAGAACCAAAAUUUAUACCUCAUGUACAAGAAGAAACCUUGGAUAUAAAUACAACACUUUUUGUAUUUGCACAAGUGGUAGCUGAAAAUGUGAACACUAAAAAUCUUUUGGUGUACUAUUACAAGACUGAUGAUUGUUGCAUCUUCGAUGGAGUCAAAUAUAUGCUGAUGCAACUGUUAUCUAUUGAAUUGAGCAUCGUGUUUGUUACACAAGACGAUCUAAUGGACACGUCUAUCAUGAAUGAAGGCCCUCACAUCAUAUUCCUUGAUGACAUUUUAGAAGAUUACAUGGGCGAAUCUUUGAUCAGCACAGUGAUACCGAAUACGUUCGUGAUAACUCGUGGAUUCAAUAACGUAAGGUACGGCAAAGAUGUCUACUUGCCUGUAUAUAAAGUUGGAAACGGCAAAGAUAGCCUUGAACUCGCUCGUUGGAAUGUCUUUGUACAUAGGGAGAAAAUUGAGUUGAUGGGAAGAGUAUCUGUGCUUCCAGUAAGAUCUGAGAGCGACAUGGACGAAGCUCGUAAAUCUAUAAAGGCAUCAUCAUUGUACCAUCAACUGAUACUACUAGCGAACUACCCCGAUUUUUUGGAACUGAAGAAGAUUGUACAUGAUGGAAGAUUGCAUUUUGAUCUAAAUUACACGUUCGUGGUGUUUACAAAUAACACCAAUGUUACGGACGAUAUGCUUACGCAAAAGCCGAGGCUCAGAACGGACUUGGUGUUUACCGUUUUGAAAGAUGGAAUUUGGGGAGGAGAAUAUUACGUGCCUGUGAAGAACUGAACAAUGCAUCGUGAACCGGAAAACAUCUAGUAUAUUAUAAUUUUAAAUUUCCUUUGAUAUGAAAUCCUUAAACAAUCUCUUAAAUUCUUCGACUGUGUUAUUGCAUAAAAUGGUGUCAGAUUUUAUUCGUGUUAUGCCGCUGUGUACCUUUCUUUAUACAUAAUUUGAAGUAAAUCGGUGGAGCAGUUAAUUACUUGGCUUAGGUAGGUACCUUUUCAGAUAUUUACCCGGCAUAUAAGGCUUAAUACCACAGAGCAAGGAACGUUCCCAAAUUUCAAGUACUUAAGUAAAUCGGUCGUGUAUAUUUCGCGCGGAAAAUUUUGUCCAUUGAAAUUUAUUCCGUAAAAAAUUCGAAAAUUACAAAUUCGUAUAUAUUCUAUAACGCUGAUAAGUCCAUUCCAGUAAGAAUUAAAAAAAAAAAACAAUUUCAUUAUAUGUAUUGAACAAAACAGAAUCACCAAGAUUGUUUUGUUUGUUAAUCUAUGUUAAAAAGUUACUGUUACAAAUAAUAAUAAAAUUGCCACACCUAAUGGUAA